GGCGCGACGCCGUCAGUCGGCUACGAACCGUCGCGGCGCCCAACUCGAAGCCCCAACCAGUCGCCCUUGCCCCCGCAGACGCACUUUCAGUGACGCGAGCGCCCACGCACGUAAUUUCAUUGGUUAAUUAAAAAUUAAUUCGGUGCAUCAUCAAAACAACUCAACAUAUAAUUCAAUACAAAUAAAAUAAAAAUAUAAAAAAGUUUCCGAAAACUUUUCUGAAAGUUUUCAAGUGUUUUAAUACGAUUGAUGUCAAAUAAUUGAGUAGUGCAUCAAAGUCGGAGUGUCAGAGAUUAAACAUAAACAAGAGUGUGGCGCGAUACGCUCGAAUGAUUAGCGGUGACGAACUUUGGCUUGUUGUUUUUGUGCGAGCUUGGUGAACGCCGCCCGGCCGCAAUUAAUUUUUGGCGUCGCAGCGGCUCCAAUAACAGGUCGGUGAUGCGCGCCCGAGCGAAAUCGCAGCCACUCAGCCGCCGCUCGGCGGAUCCGUCAGUGAAUAAUUUAAUGUGAGCGCCGUGUGUUUGCUUUGCGACCGACGGCGAUUACUACGAUCGCGACGGUGGCGCGCGCGAAAGGAUUAAUUGCGAGCGCACACAUCACCAAGCACAAGGACAAGCGAACUUUUGUUGCACGUCGCCGGUGGACACGAUGCGGACGCCCAAACGCUUGACGGAUUUCCACCUUUUCAUUUGCGUGUGCAAUUUACUCCUACAAGGUGGACUGGUGGCCGCGCUGCACUUACAGGAAUUACGGAUACCCAGUCACGCCGUGCGCAAUUCGAACGUGCGUCUUGAAUGUCACUUUGAAUUGGACGGCGAGACGCUGUACUCUGUCAAAUGGUAUAAGGAUGGCAACGAAUUCUAUCGCUACGUGCCACGAGACAUGCCACCAGCACAAGUUUUUCCACUUCCUGGAGUAACAGUCAAUAUUCACAACUCGUCUGACACACAAGUCGUCCUGACAUCGGUCCAGCUGCCCUCGUCAGGAUUGUACAGAUGUGAGGUGUCCGGUGAAGCACCCUUCUUCCAAACGGUCACCGAACAUCAGCGCAUGAUGGUCGUAGCAUUACCUGAAGAAGAACCGAAGAUCACCGGAGGGAAGCCACGCUAUCAAGUUGGCGACACCGUGAGGGUGAAUUGCACGUCGGGGCGGUCAAAACCGGCGGCGCAAUUGAGCUGGUUCAUCAACGGAGAACACGCUGAUCCGAACUUCCUGCGUGGGCCGGACACGAUAGUCACCGGACGCGAGGGUCUCGAGACGUCCAUCCUGGGGCUGGAGUUUGCUGUACGGCCGAAGCACUUCAAGAAGGGCGACAUGAAGCUCAAGUGCUUGGCGACCAUUGCUACUCUCUACUUUCGAAGCAACGAGGAGUCCGUUGAGGGUGAGCGCCCCCAGCGUGCGUCGGUUCUUGAAAGUCGAGGUACGGUGGCUCCACCCGGCUCCCGGGCGGAUCGAGUUCAAGCCGCAACAGGAGGUUCGACGUUGUCGUCGCCGCCCGCCACCGCCGCCGGCAUUGUGCUCUAUGGCUGCCUGCUGCUGCUGCUGACCGGCAUGCUCACCUGCCCAAGGUAAUUCCAUCGUCCGUGUUACGACGUCCUUUGACGCGCACGUAUUAUAAUUACUUCGUACUUCUUACUCCAACUUCACUUCGGCUGGCGUCUAACGCAAGCAGAGAGACUGAAACACGUGAUGUGCGCAAAGUAAAAGCAAAGUGAGACGAUUGUGAUGUGAUUGUGAACCAUGUGGUUUUUAUAACGCUGGCAAACUGAGUGUGAUGGACUUGUGUAAUUUUUUUGUUUUUCAAUACUAGCGAGUAAAUAAUUGUGAGUAAAGAGGUCUGUGAGCAUUCCCGUAAUUGUAACUGAUUGAUGCUCGGACGUGUUCAACAAAAUUCGUAUUGACGUGUCAAUAUUUCGACUUUAGUUCCGCAUCCAGCCCGAAAUUGAUUAACUAACCUGGCGGCGACUUUAAUUGAUUCAUUGUAGUUUCAUACGGCACUAAAUUUCGCGCUCGAUGCGCAUGUUUACAAACGUUGAUUUUAUUGUUUGCAUUCGAUUUGUACAUAUUCGUAUAUUGCCGAAACGUACGCGUGCAACAAAUCUACGUCCUUCUAUCAAACAAAUACUAUACAGAGAAAGUCUAUUAACACUUACUGCAUACCUAUAGAGAUGAAGUAAACAUAAAAUUAAAGGAGAAAAAAACAUUUCCAAUUACAAAUUAAAUUACAAAUUGUAUAUGUAGCUGUAAACAUUUAUAUGAUAUGAAAAACAUGAAACAAUCAGAUGUACUAAUCGAUAGUAAAGUGUUUUGGUCAACUUUUGGAGUGCGAAGAAGAAUUGGACAUAAAUUAUAUAUGCAUUAUGAAAUUAUACGAAGAUAUAUUGUAAAUUAUUACUAAUUAUAAUAAUAAUAAUAAUGAAUAUAUAAAAUUGAUACGGCUAAAAUUUAUAAAUGUUAAUUACCAUAUUGUGGUUUCAUUUCAAUUGAAUAAUUACGAUCUAAUUACGCUAAUUGAAAAUCUAGACGACGUAUGAAAUGAAACGUAAAAAAUAUUAAACUAAAAUUAAUUAAUUAUUAUUAAUAAUAAUGUGAUGUUGAUCCAAAUAUAAUAAUUAUUGCGAUAUGAUGUAUAAAUGAAUAAUGUUUAAAGCAUAGAGGAUUUAAGGAAUCUAGUCUGUAACAACUAUAAAUACACUAUCAAUAUGAUUGAUUUUUAUAAUUAAAAUUAUGAUUGCCAUCAAAUAUUUGCAUUUAAGUUACAUCAACAUAUUUAACGAUUAAUGCCAGCUUCCAAAUGGAUGUAACCGAUGAAUUUGUUUUUUUAUGUUUGUGUUGUUGAAAUUGUAAUUUCUGAUAGACUGAAUAGGAAUGGGAAUGCGAAUGGCACAAAAAUUAAUUGCAUUCGAAGUUUGUAAAUAUAACUUCUUUAUUAAUCGAUUGGAUUGUCGUUAAAAUUGGUUUUGGUAGAAUAUAUAACAAAAAUUGCAAUUUUUGGUUUUAAUGAGCGAGAUAUCAUCCAAUUGCGAUGUAAAUUUGUAUAAAUUCCCUGUGAUCGACUUAUAAAAUAUUGUAAUGAUCGUGCAUAUAUAAUACCAGAGUAAAGCUAACGCUAAAGAGGAGUAAUUUAAUUAAUUACAACUAAUACUGUAACGUACGAUCGAUUGAUAAAAAUAAACCUAAACGAUAAUUAAACGUUUCAUGAGGAUAUUAAAAUGUGCUAAGACCCUUGAUUAUGUUGACCAUCACAUUAUGACAUUCUUUUAUGAAAAUAAUCAACUAAUUGCUUCAAUGUUUAAUACACUUCCAAUAUAUGAAAUUUGAUAGAGUGCAUUGAUUUGGAUUCGAUUCCAUCAACUUGUAUGUCAGUCAAUGACGCAUUUUCUCCAUUGUUUGUAUUCGAAGUUCUUUUAUUCCCCUGCGUCACAUGUGGAAAAGAACUCAUCAGCAUAUACAUGUAUUUGAUUUUAUUUUGGAAAAUAAUAAAAAUGAUUGUAAAAAUGUUUAAA